AUGAACAAUAACAAUCAACAAUUAAACAAUUUAAUAAAUAAAUUUAAUAGUCCACUUAAGACCAAGAGUUUGUUUACAUGGCAUUUUUUAGGUAAUGGUUAUCCUCCGGAGUACCUCACAUAUAUUAAUUUUUUGAUUAAAUUUCUUAAUAAAGGUCUAAUUGAGACUAUAUUUAGAAAAGAAAAUGCAUAA